GAAAACAAAAAUGCAAAAAGACGCAAUUGAAGCACAUCUUGUACGGAGCAGUCCGACCGCCUGCACGGACUGAGUUGCAGAACUACCCAAAUCCAUGUCACUACCGGCACUUCCUCUUCCCCAACUACAGUAACUUAGGACUAAAGUCUACUCCCUCACUCAUAAGCUCUGACCACGCCGGCCAUCCCACCAUUGGGGAACGAAAGUCCGUGAGUUAUCCAUCCGCUAAGAACCACAGGCUGGAAUCUUUCACGAAUAGUCAAAUGGCCGCAUAAUACCCGUUUCUGUUUCAAUAUCAACCAUUGACAACGCUGUUGACGACACUUUUGAUCAGAGGUACACUCAAGCCUCUGUUAGCGCACCCCUCAAUUUCCGAGAACUGGUUACAUGCAUAGGCUUCAAUAUUUGAGACGAGUGUACUAUCCAUCACACAUGACCACGAUUGUCCUAAUUCUUAAAAUAUACCCAGAAUGUGCACACACGGAGUGUACGGAGUUUAGGGUGCAGUCAGAUUAACUCACUUCAAACUUGAGAAGAGAUCGCGAGAGUCAACCUAGACGAGCUCUGAGGUCCUCUAUCGCUAAACCCCAGCGCAGUUGCAACUGUUGCACUUUCAACCUCAAGGAUCAAGUUUGGCGUAUAACUGAGCGAUCGCCACAACUGAACAUAGCACUUGAGAGGUGCAUGUGGGCGAGUGGAAUGAUGAGUGGCUUCUAUGCCUACCUGCCCUGCUAGAAUUGCAACAUGAUAUUCCGUGUAUUAGAAGUAAGUGCGAAGUUUCGGUGAUUACGGAGCACCUGUUCAGCUGAGAAUAUUUUGUACCGCAACUCCGUAUUUGGCAUUGCUUUCAGAGUGUCAGGGGUCUCAUCCUCUUCCAACUGGAAUAAUUGGAGGCUCUUGCCUUGGAGUUUUCCAAGUGAGGUAUCUCUAAAUCCUUUAUCAAAUUCUUAUUGUGCAGGCAUGUCCCUUAGAUUCAACUUCUGAUAAGAUUGUGUGAAAAAGAGUGUGUAUUGAGAAUUCUUGCCCUUUCUCUCUUGCUACCUCUGCUUUUGUGAAUUAUGCACUAGAUCCUUUUUUUGUACAAGUCUAAUCCUUUAAUCUAAGUCAUUGCUGAAAUUUAUGUAGAUAUUGUCCAAAACAUUUUCUGUGAAGCUCUAAAUGUUCUCUACAAGUAUCACAAUUGGACUCAGAAUUCAUAUGCACCUCAUAAUAUUGUUGAGUUUUAUUUAUGGCAGUUGUAGAUCUGAUCAUGUCUCAAUUUCUCGCUGUUACACAGUUUGGCUGACGUUGUUGAAGGUAUAAGUUUCCUUCUACAACAUUCCCUGCAGUGGUUAUAAAUUGAUCUGCAUCACUGAUACAGAGCAACAUCGUUAGAACGCAGAACAUUCUCUUCUACAUAGGUUCAUGGAUAAUCCCACGGUCCUUUACAGCAAAUCAAGGAAGACCGUGGUAAACGGUGUGGAUAUUUGUAGGGGUGUAAAAUACACCGCUAUAUCGCAUACAUGGUCAAUGUGGGACAGUAUCAGCAAGGAUAUCCUAGGUAUCCAACAAGGCCCCUAUUGUUCAAGACUGAAUUUCAAUGACAUGUUAGAUUUUGUGAACACGGAAUGGGUGUGGAUAGAUACCUUGUGCAUUUCACAUAGUAACAAAGUGACCGAGAUACCUCGCAUGAGGAGCUAUUACAAGAAUGCCGAAGUGGUGCUCGUAGUGCUUGAUACUAACAAGGGAGACUACGAUUUAAGAGUUCUAGAGGUAACCGACUUGGAGUACAGGAUGGGAAGUAGGGAACGGAUGCAUAUUCUAUCCAGCAGUCCAGAGAGAUUAAUCGAAGAAUAUGCGCUAUCUGAAGAAGGAAUCACGGUAUACAAUACUUUGUGCAAGAUGUUUAAAGCAAAGUGGUUCAAGAGAGGGUGGACGUUGCAGGAGGUGUUGUUAGGAAAAGACAUCAUUAUAUGGAAUGGCAGCACCUCUGUUAGCGUGACAAACGUUAGGAAAUGCCUAGAUUGCUUGGGCAGUGUCCUUCCUGAUGCACUAAACGGCCUAAAGAUGGAUGAUGACUAUAGUGCGAUGCAGAAUAUAUUCAAUAUUGACAGCACUAAUAUAUCCUUUGAAAUAGUGUACCAAUUAAUGGAUGGACGAGAGUGCACAAUCGAGGAGGACUACGUCUACUGUAUCUUGGGGCUUCUGGAAAUUGAUAUCAAAAUAGAGUAUGGCAUCGAUCUACAUGUGUGCAAACGGAGGCUCUUUACAAGAAUGGUUCAAGAACAAAAAGCUGCGAGUGUAUUUACGCACACUGGUAUCGGUGUAUUCCCACUCUACAGUAAGUACGGCACAUCUUUUCAGCUUGAUAAUCCAAGGUCUGAUCGGGUGGUUUACAGUCUAUCGCGCAAUGGGGUGAAGUUUGUAGGCUGUAGCGUGUACAUCUAUGAGGUUCUAAUGGUAUUCCCUACAGAGUUCCUCAAAAAGGACCCAAGAAGGAACUUGUGGGCAAUAACGAAGGUGAUGGGUGAUAAUCUAUCUGGAUACAAAGAAUUGGUAAAAGCUAUGUAUUCCACCACAGGAGCAGACGACGAUGAAUUCGUAAACACCAAAUCGCAGUGGUUUUUAGAGAUGGCCAAACUAUCUGCCACGACGACCGAGGCAGAUUCAUUUGAUGAUGUACCACUAAAUUUUGAUUGCAUCGUCUUGCACUCGUUGCUCAAUGGAGCUGAAACCCCUCUGGUAUCUUGUGGCAUAGUGCACAAUUACAUCUCUGUGUGCGCCUACAUAUUUACGUGUCUGGAGAUUGUCCCUAUGGAUGGCAGUUGCCUGUUGCUGGCUCCAGGUAUCAUUGGUGAAGUCCGUGAGACAGGGAUAUUGUGUUCAGGGAUGAACCUCUAUAAAAGGAAGCAACAGAAAAUAGGUGCAACACUGAACCUUAGGAAGGAUAAUUUGGGCAAUAUUGAACCUAUUGCAAAAUUGUCAGACGUGAUUGUUACCAACAAGAAGCUUAAAAGACGUCACUCUUGUGAAGCAAGCCAAUUAGAUCAACCAGACAAUUUAUCUGGGAUAGGCUUAGAUAAUCCCCAAGAUUAAUCCUUGAUCGUUCCCAUGUGCAAGCUAUGGACGAUUUUCAUAUUGCUAAUUUAGGGAGGAGAUUGUAUUGAUUUCUCAAUUGGUCCAAAUUAUUGUAGAUUCUUUGAGAAAUUACAACCAAUUUGAGAAAUUAAAACAAAGUGGGAGCAGCAAAUGAUACACCAAGGAAUAGUGAAUUUGAGUAGUUAGGAUUGGAGAAUUUGUAAAGCUUUUUUUUGGAGAGCAAGGUGGGCAUUGCAUUAGCCAUGAACUUAAUAGCAAAGUGAAGAUGAAGGUUCCUAAUCAAUUGAAGUCAGUUUGGAGAAGGUUGAUGUAAUGGACACAAAUUGUGGUUGUAUAAUUGUGGAAAGGACAUUGAAAUUGAAAACA